AUGACGAAUCAUCAGAUAAUCAACUCGGAGAAGCAGAUCUUGGGAGGAGGGAUGUCCAACCCCAAGCGGCGGCAGGGGCCGGUGAACCACCACGACCGCGCCGGCAAAAGAUCGCGGCCUGUGCACAAGCAGCAGAAGCACCUCUAUCUUGUUCUAGACGACUGGACCAGAGGCUUCACCAUCCGCAAGAUCGACGUCGACGCCAUGGACAGCGGCCCCGACCUGGACCUGGACCUGGAGCCCCCGGUCGUCCGGCUAGUGUCACCCGCACCUGUUUAUCCCGUGAACUUCACUGCCCUGGGCAGCAACAUCUUCAUCGCAAGCAACAGGCACCCCGGCACCAUGGUGUACGACACGGAGACGGACGGGCUGGCCAUCGGCCCUCUCCUCCCGGACACCCUGCUCGGCGGCACCCGCGUCUUCGCGGCCACCGCCGACACGCAGCAGCUGUACGCGCUGAAGUACAGGAUCUGUGACAGGCAGCAGGCCUUCGAGGUGAUGUCCACGGCCUGUGUCGAGGAUUGGUAUCCCAACUCUUUCCCAAACCCAAGCCAGGACUGGUCCUGGGCAACCGUUCCGUCACCACCGCCAUUCCCCAAGGAUUGCGUGGUCACCGCCUACGCCAUGCACCCGGACGGACGCACUCUCUUCGUGUCUUGUGCAAACAGCCGCAAGACGGGCCGCCACACCUACUCCUUCGACACCAGGAGCCAUGAGUGGACGUCUCAUGGCGACUGGGUGUUGCCUUUCCAAAAUCAGGGUUACUUCGACGGCGAGCUGGACGCAUGGGUCGGCCUUCGUAAGGACGGCUACGUCUGCUCCUGCCGGGUCCCUUCCCGCACCAGAACGCUCGCCGUGCAGCCGGACUGGAAGAUGGCCAAGGACGAGCUUUUCCUCGAGCACCCGGGGAGCCUGGGUGCCACCCUCGCGUACAUGGGGAACGCCAGGUUUUGCCUUGUGGAGACGGAAGAACUGGAGUUUGAUGGCUUCAUGCUCUAUAUCACCAUUUUUGGACUCAAGUACAGCCAUGAGGGAGAGCUGCACUGCAACCCACCACCCGUCGCACCACCAAGUCAUGUCGAGUGGCUAGGAAUCUCCUGCAUUUUUCUCCCGUGGCGUUCUGGUUAUAGCUAUUUGCUGUUUGGCUUGGUUGCCAUGCAAUGCAUAUUUGUCAUUCUCAUGGAUCUGAAUUAG